GAGGAGUACUACGAACCAGUGGUGAAAAAGGAAAACAAAAUCGAAUACGUUGAUAACCUAUAUUUAUCCAAGAACAUGUUAAAUAAUAGAGAAAAUGCGUUGAAUUAUUUUUACACUUCUCCAUUUUACACAAGUAGAAGUCACCUAUCGUUAAAUGAAAAAAUACGAGUGGGGAGAAUGAUCAGUGAUGAUGAAGAAGGAUAUUUAUUUGACAUUACCUACGACAAUUUACCUGUUUUAAAAAAAAAUGAGCCACAUGAUUUGGUCAGCAUACACAUUUAUUACAACACAAAUUCCAUUUUUCACAUUUCCCUAACACAUAUAUAUAAAGUAAAGAACAUUAUUUGCAAAAAGGUUAUUCAGAUGUUCUGUAUUUUGAAUGGCAAGAUUUACAGUUCGCGAUCUUUUGGCGAAUUACUAAACAAUAAAAUUGCCAGCAUUGUGCGUAAUGUGGAAAAGUUUUAUGACUGUGUUAAUAAAAUGAUGAACUUUAAC